AUCUAUAUCCUCCCUAAUCCGAUUUCAGUAAUUGGAUUUUGAAACAUCCCCUCCUUCCCUCCCUCCCCUGACCAACUCCAGUGUUGCCAGAAAUCCCACCCCACCCCAUCAAAAUAGGAAAAGAGUAGACUACAAAUUCCGCCCACAGUCACGAUGGCGUAUUUAGGCUCUCCUUCUCCUGCCUCUCUCUUCUCUCUGCCGGCGUAAUCACCAAGGGAUUAGGAGGCGAGUGAGGAACGCUUCACUUAUUCUAGACUAGUGCCAGGCUGGAAAUCCUCCGAGCUCGUAAGGUAUUCACUAGAGAAGAACAAACCUUUGUCGAUAAAGCUUAUUGACUGAAUCACAAAGAGAAGUAGAAAAUGGGGGCCGGAAGCGGACAGUGGGCUGAUAACUUUCAGUUUUGGGCCAAUCGGUGCUGCACAAGGCUGGACAGAGUGGAGGAAGAUUGUCAUCUGUACAUUGUGAUAAUGUAACGAUUAGAAUACAAUCAUGUCUACUCUCUGUCCACCACCAUCUCCAGCUGUUGCCAAGACUGAGAUUGCUUUAAGUGGUGAUUCACCCUUAUUAGCAGCUACUUUUGCCUACUGGGACAACAUUCUUGGCCCUAGAGUGAGGCAUAUUUGGGCUCCCAAGAAACAACAACUGCUUCUCAGUGAUGGAGAAAUAACUUUUCUUGCUAACCAUACUCUAAAUGGAGAAAUCCUUCGGAAUGCAGAGAGUGGAGCCAUAGAUGUGAAGUUUUUUGUGUUGUCUGAAAAAGGAGUGAUUAUUGUGUCAUUAAUCUUUGAUGGAAACUGGAAUGGGGAUAGGAGUACAUAUGGUUUGUCAAUAAUACUUCCACAAACUGAACUCAGUUUCUACCUUCCCCUUCAUAGAGUAUGUGUUGAUAGAUUAACACAUAUUAUCCGGAAAGGAAGGAUAUGGAUGCAUAAGGAGAGGCAAGAGAAUGUCCAGAAGAUUGUGUUAGAAGGAACAGAAAGAAUGGAAGAUCAGGGUCAGAGCAUUAUUCCAAUGCUCACUGGAGAGGUUAUUCUUGUAAUGGAACUCCUUUCAUCUAUGAAAUCACACUGUGUUCCUGAGGAAAUAGAUAUCAGUGAUACAGUACUAAAUGAUGACGACAUUGGAGAUAGUUGCCAUGAAGGUUUCCUUCUCAAUGCCAUCAGCUCCCACCUGCAGACCUGUGGUUGUUCUAUAGUAGUAGGUAGCAGUGCAGAUAAAGUAAAUAAGAUAGUGAGGACAUUGUGCCUUUUUCUGACUCCUUCAGAACGAAAGUGCUCCAGACUUUGUAGAAAUGAGUCUUCAUUUAAGUAUGAAUCUGGAUUAUUUGUACAAGGUCUUCUUAAGCUCUACCUGCCUAAUUCCUGCUCAUUCUUUAAGGAUUCAACUGGAAGUUUUGUGUUGCCCUUCCGACAAGUCAUGUAUGCCCCAUAUCCCACUACACACAUAGAUGUGGAUGUUAAUACAGUGAAACAGAUGCCACCCUGUCAUGAACAUAUCUAUAACCAGCGUCGUUAUAUGAGAUCAGAGCUGACUGCAUUUUGGAGAGCUACUUCAGAAGAAGAUGUGGCUCAGGAUACAAUUAUUUAUACAGAUGAAAGCUUCACUCCUGAUUUGAAUGUUUUUCAAGAUGUCCUACACAGAGACACACUAGUAAAAGCCUUCUUGGAUCAGGUCUUUCAUUUGAAACCUGGUUUGUCUCUGAGAAGUACUUUUCUUGCGCAAUUUCUUCUUAUCCUUCAUAGAAAAGCCUUAACACUAAUAAAAUAUAUAGAGGAUGAUACGCAAAAGGGAAAAAAACCAUUUAAAUCUCUCCGAAACUUGAAGAUAGAUCUCGAUUUAACAGCAGAAGGCGAUCUUAACAUAAUAAUGGCUUUAGCGGAGAAAAUCAAACCAGGCCUACAUUCAUUUAUCUUUGGAAGACCUUUCUACACUAGUGUGCAAGAACGGGAUGUGCUAAUGACAUUUUAAAAGUGUAACCUUUUAAGUAUAGUUCAUAAUACAAGUGAGUGCUGCUCUCCCACACUGUGUUCUGUACUUGGAGUUAAAAAUUAUAUACUCCAAUCUUUAUUAGAUAAAAUAUUAGGUGAUUAUUUUAUCAAGUACACCAUUACAAAUGAGUCCCUUUUUGACAUGCACUUUUUUGGAAUAGGCUUUUGUUUACAGUUACAGAAAGUAUUCUUUAAUGUUAGGGUCAUAUAUAAAUUUGACCAUAGCUGCUAUUUUCAUUUGAUUCAUCUCAGAAGAUUUUGUGUUAACUUUUCAAAAGUUCUUCAGUUUUUUUUCCAAAAUUAUCAGAGCAGUUUACUAGAAUCAUUUAGAAAACAAAAGCGGAAGGUGAAUAUAAUUUAAACUUUAAAAAUAAAAAUAUUGAUCAAACUAUUUAUUAAAACUAUAUAAUAGAUGCUAUUUUAAAAUUUUGUCCUUAAACUUUAUUGAAAACUCAAAUAAUAUUCAGACUCUUUGACUGUAGUGGAGUACCCUGUAUUUCUCAUUUUAUCAUCCAGGCUGAAUAAUUGAACUAUGAACAAAAUAUGGAUAUUUGAAAUUUAUAUAUAAAACAUUUUUCUUAGAUAAGAGCCAGGGGAAAAUAUUUAUGUCUUUUUCUCCUUGAAAAUAAAAAUUUGAGGGAGAAGUUAAAAUGUUCCUAUAUUUAUACUGAUCUGAUUUUGCAUUGUCGCUCUGAAAUUGUAAAAAGUUAUAUGAAAAUGCAUUAGAAGAAACCUUUUUGAUCACUUAGAGUUCUAAUUCGCUUAUACCAUUGAGCCCAAAUUCAUGAGUUUUCUAUUUCUGAAUGAAAUAAAAAAAAAGGCAAGAAAUAC